ACAAGUGAAGGAAGAAGAAGAAGACGAAGAAGAAUACCGCAGGAUGUGGAGACGCGUGGCUUCACUUUCUCAGAUGAUUUCUUCAUCAUCCCGAUCCCUUGCGUCUAACCAGGCAGCUUCUGGGCUCAAGCUUCGGGAAUCUUUUGCAACGGAGAUAAUCAAACCGGGAGAACGGAUUUCACCGCCGAAAGAGAAAGCUCCAUUCAUUACAUUUGUACUAGGCAAUCUCAUGGAUUUCAAAAUCUCAGGAGGUCCUGGAAGUGGAAAAGGUACACAAUGUGAAAAGAUUGUUGAGACCUUUGGAUUGACGCAUCUUAGUGCUGGAGAUUUGCUCAGGAGAGAAAUCGCACUGCACACUAAAAAUGGGGCUAUGAUUCUCAACUUGAUCAAAGAUGGGAAAAUCGUUCCCUCGGAAGUUACAGUAAAGCUAAUACAGAAAGAGCUGGAGUCGAGUGACAGUUGCAAGUUUCUCAUUGAUGGGUUUCCACGAACUGAGGAGAAUCGUGUUGCAUUUGAGCGCAUCAUAGGAUCCGACCCGGAUGUAGUGCUGUUCUUCGAUUGCCCUGAAGAGGAGAUGGUGAAACGCGUCUUGAAUCGUAAUCAGGGCCGAGUUGAUGAUAAUAUAACUACGAUGAGGAAGCGUCUGAAAAUCUUUGAGGCCUUAAAUCGUCCUGUUAUCGAGUACUACAAAAAUAAAGGAAAACUCUACACGAUUAAUGCAGUAGGAACUGUAGAUGACAUAUUCCAACAAGUUCUUCCUAUUUUCACUCCGUUUGAGCAAUUGAAGCAGAGUCGACAUGUAAAUCCAAAGCCUCCUAUCGAACCUCUGCUUUCCCUCCAUUUAUCAAUUCCCAACUUAUGUAUCAGAGAAAAAGAAGAUAAAAAAACAGUAGAAAAGAGAAGGAUGGUGAGUAUCGUACACAAACCAAACUUUUGUUAUCCAUCCGUAUCGUCUUCUUCGAUGAAGAAGAAACCCAGACAUUACGAACAGUUGAAGCAAAAUCAAUUAAAACACAACAGUGGAUUCACUUCCCUUUCCUUCACCAAACCAUCUCCCAAUCCCAUUUUGAUCGGUAAACAGUCGGUUCACCGGACCAAACUCGAAGCCUUAGACUCCGUCAUUACAGACCUCGAAACCUCAGCUCGAAAAGGCAUCACGAUCAGCGAACCAGAGAUCUUCGCUUCUCUUCUCGAGACAUGCUACAGCUUAAGAGCUAUUGACCAUGGCGUUAGAGUUCAUCGUCUUGUACCUGUGUACCUCUUGCGCAAUAACCUGGGGAUUUCGUCGAAGCUUGUUAGGCUCUACGCGUCUUGCGGAUACGCGGAGGUUGCACACGAGGUGUUCGAUCGAAUGUCUAAGAGAAAAUCAUCGGCUUUUGCCUGGAACUCUCUUAUCUCCGGCUACGCGGAGUCGGGUCAGUACGAAGACGCCAUGGCUCUAUACUUUCAGAUGGCUGAAGAAGGCGUAAAACCAGACCGGUUUACUUUCCCACGCGUCCUUAAGGCUUGUGGAGGAAUUGGGUCUAUUCAUAUCGGAGAAGCAAUUCACCGUGAUUUAGUUAAGGAAGGUUAUGGAUACGACGUCUAUGUGCUCAAUGCUCUUGUUGAUAUGUAUGCCAAGUGCGGCGACAUUGUUAAAGGAAGGAAUGUUUUCGACAUGAUCCCUCACAAAGACUACGUUUCGUGGAACUCCAUGUUGACUAGUUACCUUCAUCACGGCCUUUUACACGAGGCCGUGCACAUUUUCCGUCUGAUGGUUCAAGAUGGGAUUGAGCCUGAUAAGGUUGCUAUAUCCAGUGUUCUUGCUCGCGUGCUGUCUUUCAAACAUGGACGUCAGUUACAUGGAUGGGCUAUUAGGCGAGGAAUGGAGUGUGAGUUAUCAGUUGCGAAUGCUUUGAUUGUUCUCUACUCCAAAAGGGGUCAUUUGGGUCAAGCCUGCUUCAUCUUCGAUCAGAUGGUCGAGAGAGAU